AUGGCGUGGCAGCAGUAUUCCAUCCCAGAUAUUCGACGGAGGCUUGGGGACGACCGGGGUCCAACCCGGCAGAAGGGAUUAUCCAGGUCUCUUCCGAAUUUUUCCUGGUUCCUGUUGAUUUUCUUCGGCCAGGCACGUCAAGAAUCUUCCCAGCAUGGGCACGACAAUAGCACCGUAGUGAUGUACCUUUGCGGGCCUCCUGGACGUGGACAGUUGUAUAGCCGACCUUUUCGCACGUGGCCAUUUCUGCUCUUUCUCUUUUGGGCAGGACUUUGUCCACUGAUAUCUUCAGUUUUGCCUUUCUGUUCGUUUAGUGGACCGGCGUACACACCUCUUUGGGUUGCGUGUAAAGACGAUCGGCUGGGACCCGUGCCACAACCCGAACACGCAACUGAAGCGUUUAGGUUUGAGAACUUGAGAGACAGCAGACCUAAUCGACGCCGGGAGGCGAUAGUCCGGAAGAGCCGCCUGGUGCGCGCGGGGUUACUUGAUCCCAUAUACCUGUCAAUCGGAGAGGAGAUCACCAUCCCUAUAGAUAUGCCUGCUGUUCUGUCUCUCCUUCUAUGCCGCCUAAAGCCUUCUCAUGCUCGUGGCAACCGAGUUGGGAACCUGGCGUUCGAUGCGGUGUGCAACCACAAGUCAGUUACUCUGCCUGAGGACGCCCCGGUUCCGCCAAAAGAAAACACACCACCUGCGUCCCAGCCUCACUUUCGUUUCUUAUGUACUGCGGAGUGGGUGCAAGCAAGGCGUCUUGCAUGGGAGGCUGAGGUGGAACGAGCGACGUCAGCGCGGAACAACGCCGAAGCGGGUGCACCUGCAGACGUUGAUAGUCCCGGCUUAGAGGAACAUCGCAUCAGAUGGUUUUCGGUCGGGUAUUUGGCUGCUCCCGGAAGCCAGACACACCGGUCUCUCUACUGCUCAGAUCGAAGCAUGCUUUUAGCAGUCAUCGGUCCCCAUACAACCGGCGACAUCUGGCUCUCCGUCGGCUGGCAUGUCGCAUUGGCAGAGGGUACAUCAGGCGAGUUCACCACGUGUCGCCGCGGGAUUUGCACGAAUGAGGAACUGUGGGGGAUGGCUAACUUGACAAAUACUUGUGUGGGAAGCAAUGCCAAUUGCCCGUCUGAGGCCGUUGCCGUUCUAGCGUCAUCUGCAGGAUCCGCCCAUGCAUACGGCAUGAUUUGCAAACAGACAAGCAAGGAUCCGGAGAAUCAACCACGUCAAGCAGCUGGAAAGUCUGACAACAAUGGUGUCCUAGGGGACAUAGGCCCUGGCGCAGUGUCCACAAGCAACUGGCUGGAAGGCGUGGGGGAAAGCGGAAGCAAGACAGGAGCAUCCGAUAACACGAACAUGGCAGAGGAUGCUGUCGAACAAAUCGAUUCUUUAUCGAAUAGAAGUCAGACGCUGUCAAGUCCACGGGCUGGUCCUCAAGAUCGUGCGCUAAAUGCACAGGCGGGUGCCCAGUGUGCAGGCAGAGGUGCUGUUGAAGUCCGUUGCCGCCAAACCUUCGGCCGCUACGUGGAGCCUCUCCAAAUGCCGCGCGUGAUGAAUGGAGAACCGUAUUAUCUCCUCGGGGAAACGGCCAAUGCCCGGAUCUAUUGCAAGGAUGGAAGAUUCUCCAGUGCAUCACCUGCGGGAUUUCAAGUGGCCGCUUACACCUGGUUCGGUGUAAUCGCACUUCUCGGUGUUUCGGCAAGCUAA